AGAAGUAUUUGACUCAAACCAGCAGGCGUCGCGGUGUCUACCAACCGCACUUGCAUACCCACCUACACUUCACUUUCCCAGCAUGUUGCGCCUGGCGCGGAUUGCUGGAUUCGUCGCAGGCGUCAAUGGUCUGCAGACCAGUGACGCGCCAGUGGAGCUUCAUGGAGGCCGUGCGAUGACCGGCAGCGUAUCCGCCCUUGACCCUGAGCUGACCAACAUCGCGGGCGAGAAGUUCCACGUCACUACGCCUGGCGAGUUCGUCAUGAUCGGACUGCCGUCGACCUGCAACCCAGAAGUUCCAGACGCGUGUGAUCUGAUCUUCAAAGCAAACUUUGACAAGCUUGAGAACGACAGCGAUUGUAAUGACCUGAUGAUUCGCAAUGUGUCCAUCCAGGGAACAAAGCUCGCCAGCGGCGCGAGCGGUGUGACGAGUGUGGAGUUUUCUAUCCUCAGCGAUGUCGGCAACUCCUCAGACGCUCUGGGAUUCGAAAUCAACGGCGAGUACAAGACCCCGGAGGAGUUCUCAAGCCAGCUGGCCUAUUGCACCGUCUCCCAGGAGAGGGGCUACUUCCAGUGGCCGACCAAGAGGACCUACCGCUUUCGCACCACGACCUACAAUGUGGAAUGCGGUUUGGACUUUGGGAACCACGAGCUCAAGCUGCACUUCAGCACUGCUUGGCGGGGAACCUCUUUGGACACCGGCUUGCCCGUGUACGCGAACGACAUGUCGUUCAGCAUCUCGAGCGUGGGAACGGACGCGAUCGGUCUCCUGGGCACGGACGACAACUCGGCGGUGACGGUAGCGGUUCCGGGGUGCAACAAGAAGCAGCCCGUGAGUGGGCCCUACCAGGUGAGGCACGGCCCGAAGUUCCCGAAGCGCCACCACUGGCGCUGAGCGAUCGGGCCAGGCUCUGCGCCUGGUGCAGCGAGCGCAGUGUUCUGAGGUGGCGUGAAGGACUUGUGUUGCAGAGCCGAACAGCCUG